CCUUCAACGACGACAACGACGACCCAUCCUCUCACCUCGUCCCCCUCUUCAGCUUCCUUCCCUUCGAUUCCCCGUUCGAGGUCCACAAGUCGCAAAAAUGGGUGGUGUCACCGUUCGCGAUGUCGACGCGCAGAAGUUCAUCGCUGCUUACUCUGCGUUCCUGAAGCGUCAGGGAAAGCUCCCCAUUCCUGGAUGGGUUGACACUGUCAAGACCUCCUGCUCUAACGAGCUCCCUCCCCAGGACGCCGACUGGUACUACGUCCGCGCCGCCGCCGUCGCUCGCCACAUCUACAUGCGCAAGACCGUCGGUGUUGGUCGUCUCCGCAAGGUCCACGGCUCCGUCAAGAACCGUGGUUCCCGCCCCAACCACCACGUCGAUGCCUCCGGCUCCGUUGACCGUAAGGUCAUCCAGUCCCUCGAGAAGAUCGGUGUCCUUGAGCACGAUGAGGACAAGGGUGGUCGUCGUAUCACCCAGAGCGGCCAGCGUGAUCUGGACCGUAUCGCCAAGACCACCGUUGACGAGGAGGAGGACGACGAGUAAAUAUCUUAGUCCUUUGGAUGUGGUUGCAUCUCAAAUAAUGAAAAAGUCCUGAUGUUACUUUUUUUCUCCUCCCAACCUCCUAUGACCACUUCCGCCUCCUUGUGUCUGAUAUACCCGCUGGUUUGUUGAGGAAUUAGGGGGCCGAGGUGCCGUUGGGUGGAUGGAUUGGAUGAGUGGCUAUGACAGGGGAGAGGAUGAAGUCAUGUUUUCAGUUAUUGUUCAUGCCGGGCAUAUGGGCAAUCAAUUGGCAUCUGGCAAGAUGGAACUUUUAUGAUUAGUAGAUGCCUUGUAUGAGUACGGUACGGUACGGAGUGAUUCUGCACUCAUUGUAGUCAACGGCGAUAAACCAUCCCAUUAGAGAUGCAUUCCAUCAAGGGAUAUACAGCAUGCGGAUAUUGCAUCUAGACAGCAACCAUACACAACCAAGUAUACCCAGCU